GUGACUUGGAGCUGUUAGCUUCUUAUGAUGGACACUAUGAUGUUGUCUAUGGGACAUAUGAUCCAAAAUAUCUUACUUGGUGGCAAUCCAGAAGAGAUUUUCUCUUCUCAAGGCAAUGGUUUAGCAGCCAGGAUGGAACAUAUACCAUCUUGCAAUUUCCAGCUGUACAUAAGACACGACCUCCUAGAUCUGGAUAUCGACGUACAAAAAUCAACCCUUCUACUUGGGAGAUUAGAAAUUUAAACACACCCUUGGAUUCAAAUACUAUGAGAUGUAUUGUGACACGAACGUUAGAGAUACAUCAUGCAGGAUGGUGUAGAUGGAAGAGAAAUCGCUGCUCAAAGUUUGAAAAGACUCUUCCUUACGCAUUGUUGUCCCAAGUGGCAGGUUUGAAGGAAUAUAUUAGAGCGAAUCCAGCUUUGGAAUCUAAAUAUGCCACUAUUGUUGUCCAUUCCAAAGAUUUUGAUGAUUCAGUCUCUAGUAGUGAAUAUGAUGAUGCAGAAGUAAAGGAUGAGUUCUAUGAUGCGAUUUCUGCUGAUUCAUCAUCAUCUGAAGGGAGUGAUGAUGAAGAUCAUCUAAAGAAUGAGGAAAAGAUAGUGAAAUUGAAGAAUGUUUCAUGGGCCAUCACAAGCUUGGCUUUGAGGCGAACUUCAGUUCUGGAUGUAAAUAAGGAAUUGGAUCCUUGUGAAACUCUAAUGGAUAUUGAUCUAAGCCAAUUCCAUGGCUCCCUACCCAAAGGGAAGGAUGAGAAGGACUCAAAUUGUUGGACCUCUCCAAGUGGCAUGGGAUUUAUGAUUAGAGGAAAGACUUACCUAAAGGAUAACUCUAAGUGGUUGGGGAUCCUUCUCAAGCUCUUAGCUGUUGACUGGUUCAAAGUUGAUAGUCCCAUGGAUAGAGUUGCAUUGCAUCCCGAAUGUCUAGUGCAGACACAGGCCGGGAAGAAGCUUCCAUUUAUACUUGUCAUUAAUCUUCAGAUUCCAGGAAAACCAAACUACUGCUUGGUACUCUACUAUGCUGCAGAAAGGCCAGUAAAUAAAAGUUCUUUGUUGAGUAAAUUUGUUGAUGGGACAGACAUGUUUCGGGAUUCAAGAUUUAAACUAAUUCCAAGUAUCAUUGAGGGAUAUUGGAUGGUCAAGCGUGCUGUUGGGACAAAAGCUUGCCUUUUGGGGAAAGCUGUAUCCUGCAAGUACCUCAGACAAGACAAUUUUCUGGAGAUUGAUGUAGAUAUUGGAUCAUCCUCAGUAGCAAGGAGUGUAAUUGGCCUUGUCCUUGGAUAUGUCACGAGCUUGGUUGUUGAUCUGGCAAUUUUGAUAGAGGCAAAAGAAGAAGCAGAGUUGCCUGAAUAUAUUCUUGGUAUUGUCCGGCUAAAUCGGGUGAGGCUUGACACUGCUGUACCUUUGGAGGCUUAGGGUUUUCAUUUGUCAACAUCCUUUAUUCAUCAUAUUCUCCUUGAUUAAUGCUGUUGUAGAAAUCAGGCAACACAUCUUCAAUUUUUCCGAUUUAGAUUAUUAGGUCAUAACAGUAAGGAUUUGGCUUUCACAAGUACUACACAUACACAUGAACGAAAAAAAUGAACACCUGCCCAUAUUGUGGGUUUCAUCCACCUGUUUGGUACAACGCUUUGAAAGUUUUUUUCAAUUUUUGAAGAUGUUUUGAGCUAAUGUUGGAGUCAUCUUUAAACUUGUGAGGUCCUAUUUAUUUAAUCGCUGUGUUCUCCAAUGGAUGGCCAUUUGGUUGGAAA